AUGCACGUCAUGGACCAGCUGAGAGCAAGCAAUCUGAAGCUUAACCCAGACAAGCUAAAGUGCUCCUGUAUCACGUUAUUGGAUGAUCUGGAUGCAAAGGAUGCUGGGAUUCCAUUUAAGCUCUGCAUAAUUGGAAACAAUGGCUGCGACUCAGCCAGAGUCAAUAACUUUGCAUACACCAGGAAGUGGUCACUCCUCAUGGGAAAACAGAACAAGUCAAGCGCGCCGAGAGCGAGAGUGCAGGACAAGCUCAGAAUGCACCCAGGGAACUUAUUUGCGAUCACCGGGAAAAUACUCAUUUCCUUGGGGAUUCUAAGCCUCAUUUCUGGGAUUAUUGCCUUCUUCCCUGUGUUUUCCUAUAAACCUUGGUUUGUCGGAUGGAAUGUUCGCAUUGCUGCUCCCAUCUGGAGUGGAGCUUUGGCUGUUAUUGCAGGUGUACUCAUUGCUCUGGCUGAAAAACAAUGGACCCAGAGAUACCUGUGGGAAGCCGGCUUCACCUUUAACAUCUUAAAUAUCAUCAGCUCCCCAGUUCAAGGCACCAUUGCUUUUGCAUCGCUCUUUCUCGGCCCUUACUGCUACUACUCUUUUGCUGGGGCUUCAGGUACAAAUUACCUUGGCUAUGCCAUCCUGCUUCCUUUUCCUUAUGGCAAGUUUGCCCCUGCAUGCAGAGACCCAUCACACUAUGAAUGGUACCACCUGGCUUUGCAGCUACUCGACCUGUGCUCAAGCAUUGGCAUUCUCUGCGCAUCCCUGUCGACAGUAGUCAAACUCACCGCAAGACUGUUCCAGUUUGGACACUUAAAUGUGAGUAUUAGUGAUGGUUGGGAAAGUAAUGACUAG